UCCCAUCGAGAACUUCAUAAACAUCAAUCGAUCUGUUUUCAGUGAAGAUUAUGUCAAUUGCAGCUUUCUACUCUGGGAUCAUUAUGACAACUAUUCUUGUUGUAGCAUUUUCAACUUCUUGUCCACGAACUAUAACAUGUCCGUGCGGUUCCAGUAAUAUAAAUUACACGCAUUGCUUAAAUGAUGUGGUGGAUAAAAAAUACACAUGUGAAACGUGGGCACAUUGUCAGACGUGCAGACCUAACACAACUCAUUGUAUUACCUGCCCUCCAAAACACUCUGGACCAAACUGUACAGAAGUGGCAAUUAUUCGUAGGAAGAGAGAAAUUUCAUAUGGCUCAUGUCCACAUUUGAGAAGUCCAACUUUAGGUUCCAGUACCUGUUUUCAGAAAGGUAACUAUAGAUCUUGCACAGGAACUUGUUUACCAGGCUAUCAUUUUCAAGGAGAAAAAGAUACUACAUCAAUUAAAUUAGAAUGUUAUGGUAAUACCUGGAAACCUCGCCGAAAUUUUCCUCCAUGCAAAUCUGGAGGUUACUGCGCAUUGGUAAUGAAAGGAGCUGGUUUCUACAACUGCACCACUACUGUCGAUGGAACACAUUGUGACAUCACGUGUGGCAGCAGGAAGGCAGGUCGGUAUCAUUGUUACCCAGGAAGAGCGUGGAAUCCACGACUUCCCUCAUGCGCUGUUCCGAAAAAUACUGAUAAAAUAGACAUUUUGACUUCUUGCCAUUGUCAGAAUGGAGGUACUUGUCUUGCAGGGGGUAGCUGUGCUUGUCCAUCUGGAACAACAGGCUCGUUCUGCGAAAUUGAAAGCGAAAGUACUGGAAGAGACUGCAAUUUACGAAUAACUGGAGCCGGUGCCUAUAACUGUACCAUUAGUACAGUUGGAACGGCUUGUGAUAUUACUUGUGAUAAUGUGUCUCAGGGAAGGUAUCAUUGUCGCUCAGGAACAGAUUGGAGACCACAGCUUCCGUAUUGCACAUCUCCAAAAGAAUCUAGAAAAACUAGACAAACAUAUUGUAGCUGUGAGAAUGGAGGAAACUGCGAUAGAAGAGGAAGAUGUAUUUGUUCUUCUGGAUUUACAGGUCCACGUUGUGAAAAUAGUCCAACUGGGAUUUGUUCUGAUCCUGGUUCUAUCCAAUUUGGUUACCGUCGCUUGAGAAAUGGUAUUCCGUCCAAUUCAUCUCGGUCUUACAGUAUUGGGCAAACAUUCCAGUAUUACUGUAAUAAAAAUUAUGAAAUGCAAGGGAAUAAUGUGCUCAUUUGUUUGAGUUCAGGAAAGUGGUCCAGCGACAAACCUUCAUGCCAGCCGACAAAGAAAGAUUCUGCAACAUAUUGUUCCGAUCCAGGCGAGAUACCCUUUGGAUUUUAUCGCAACAGCGAUGGAAGCUCAUCCCAAUCUCAGCCAUACAUUGUAGGACAAUAUGUGAAUUAUUAUUGCCGUCCAGGUUAUGAUCUCGUUGGACGCAGUUUAGUCACUUGCAGACGCUCAGGUGAUUGGUCAAACAAACCUGUAUGUAGAAAGGCACCACAGCCUCUGAUGGCUCCAGGUCCAGCUGGAAUUUGUCCUGACCCUGGUUCUAUCUUAACUGGUUACCGUCGUUUGAGAAAUGGCACUCCCUCCAAAUCCACUCGGACUUACAGUAUCGGACAAUCUUUCCAGUAUUUUUGUAAUCAAGGUUUCAAAUUACAAGGAAAUAAUGUGAUCACUUGUACGACUUCUGGACAAUGGUCCAGCAAAUUACCAAGAUGCCUAAAAACAACAACAGAAGCCCCGAUUCCUUGUACAUAUCCUGAACAGGCUUCUAACAGCAGACCUACUACACCCAUCAGGGUAGAUCAGAUCUUCCCUCCAAGAACAGAAUUAACAUAUGCUUGCUACGAUGGGUACAAAACUAGUGAUCCAUUAAUUAUUUAUUGUUUGAAUUCUGGACUCUGGAGUUCACCUCCUCCUACUUGCAAUAGAAUUGAAACUCCAAUAAGCGUAUCUGGUACUUAUUGUGUAUUGCCCAAGGCAGAUAUGACUGGCAUGACCGUCAUUCCCUCCCUUGAUAUGAGCGACAGGGGACAAAUGUUUCUGCCAGGUACAGAAUUGAAAUUUGAUUGUGAAGAAGGCUACGAACUACAAGGCGAAAAUUGGAUAAUUCACUGCAAACUAGAUGGGGAAUGGACAUUCGAACCACCAACUUGCAGACGACUUGCAGUUUAUUGUCCUUAUCCUGGAGUAGACAAAAAUGGUAUUAUCGAAGACGAUAGCGCAGCGGUUAUUGUAGGACAAGCACAAGUAUAUGUUCCUGGUGCAGAAUUGAGAUACCGAUGCAUAGAUGGUUAUGUAGUUGAGGGAGUGAGCAGUCUUGUUUGUACUCUGGAAGGGGAAUGGUCAGACGAUCCUCCCACAUGCGUAGAACGUGCAACUGCAGCCCCUGUGUCGGUUGUGGCUCGCAAGGUAUGCCCUUAUCCUAUCGUAGAUCGCAAUGGUGCCAUAGAAUAUUUGUAUACAGAUGGUCCUAUAGAAAGAGGGCAAGUAUUCGAAGUUGGAACUGCAGUGAAAUUUACAUGCAGUAGUGGUUAUGAAAUGACUGGCUAUAAUCUCUCUUUUUGCCUCAGAAAUGGAAGAUGGAGCUCUGUUUCACCGAUUUGCACAAGUAUAUCACCAACAUCUGGAAUACUGUGCAAAGAUCCAGGCUCUAUUCAAAAUGGCGGAGUAAUAGUGUACUACAACAAUCCCAAUGUUCGCCGUAUGCCUACUCCAGAACGUUACAAUGCUAUGGAAUAUCCGGUUGGUACUCGACUCAGUUAUGAUUGCAGUAAUGGGUAUCGUUUGGAAGGAGAAAAAAUUUUAGAUUGUAAAUCCACUGGAAGAUGGUCUGGAGGAAAGCCAAUAUGUGUUGAAGAUUGUGGACGUUCUACCCUGCGAGCGGGAGGCAAAGUCACUUAUGGUACAAAUACGACAGCUGGUGAAUUUCCUUGGAUUGUUUUUCUUUUUAUGAAUGAAACGAGGCAAACGUGUGGGGGAGUUUUGCUGGACCGCAGGACUGUUCUUUCUGCAGCACAUUGUUUUGUGAAUGCUGAAUUCUGUACAAUAUAUUUUGGCAAAUACAACAAAAGUGACGAAAAAGAUGACAAACAUGUAUUAACGACAAGGAGCUCUGAAAUAAUUGUGCAUCCAGAAUUCAACCCUGCCACGUUUAAUAACGACAUUGCCAUCGUAAAAUUUUCUCCGGAUGUUCCAUUUUCACCUAGAAUUCAACCUAUCUGUAUGCCUUCACCCGCCACAACUGCUAUAAAUAUUAUUCCAGGAAGAAAUGGCACAGUAAGCGGAUGGGGAUUGAAUGAGAAACGAGUCGAAUCCCCUCGACUGAUGAUGGCAAAUCUACCUGUCCAAGCCUCCGAAACCUGUGUGGCGGCUUACCGAAAAAGAAAUCAAAUAAUAGCAGUCACACAAGGGAUGUUCUGUGCUGGUUACCCUAACGACAGAAUCAAUGCCUGCGAAGGUGACAGUGGAUCACCCUUGGUCUUUUACAACAACAGAACGCAACGUUUUGUUGUGGAAGGGCUGGUCAGUCAUGGAAUGAGUGGAAGAUGUGAGCUGCCAGAAAAAUAUACAAUGUUUACGAAAGUCUCGAACUACUUGCAAUGGAUAUACCAAAAUUGGAAAACAGGAAAUAGGUAGAAUCCCCCCAAUAUUGUUUAUCGUGCUGAAUAAGAAAUGAUGGUUUGUUCCUAAAUUUUAAUGAACACACUAUCAAGUGCAUGAAUGAUCAAAUGAAUGAGCAAAUCUCGCGUUUUACAAUGAUAAUUCCUGUGUUAAUCAUUAUUUGAAAUAUUCACCUUUAAAAUUUUUACUUUACAUGAAUCAGAUGUUUCAAUAUGAAAUAUGAAACGUCCAUUUUCAUAUUAAUGAAAUGAAUUCAUUUAGUAAAAUAGCGAUAUCAAUACAAAUUGUAGAAACAAUUAAUAAAAAUGGAAA